UUUGACAAUACUCCACGGUCUCACCUCCAGCUCUGCCUCCACUACUUCCCUCUCCUCUUCCGAAUAUGCUAGUGGUUCUUCUUCCUUCUCCUCCCUUCCCUUAAAAUGUUAGCAGCUUCCUUCUCUCUCACCCUAAUCCCUUCAAUCAUUUCCACUAUUCUGUAAAUGGGGUUUCAAUUUCUUCACUAUGGAAGACAAACAGCCACCACAAUCCGCCCUUGUUCAUGACCCUCCUCCUCCUCCUCCUCCGUCUAUCCCCAGUCAUCAUGAUCAUAUUGAUCCCGUCAAAGAAGAAUCCCCCAGAAAACCCGUCACCGGCGGCGGCGCCGGUGGAGAUAGGUUGAAGAGAGAUGAGUGGAGUGAAGGAGCUGUGUCGACGCUUUUGGAGGCGUACGAAGCCAAAUGGGUGCUCCGGAACAGAGCCAAGCUCAAGGGCCAUGAUUGGGAGGACGUCGCCAGGUACGUGUCUUCACGCGCCAACUGUACCAAGUCUGCUAAGACUCAGACUCAGUGCAAGAACAAGAUCGAGUCGAUGAAGAAACGGUACCGUUCCGAGUCGGCGUCCGGGGAUGCAUCAUCGUCUUGGCCGCUGUAUUCGCGUCUUGAUCUUCUGCUCCGUGGGACUGGGCCUACUGCGUCCACCACGACGAUGGCUGUGCCGCUUGCCGCGGCCGCGGCGGCACCGUCUCAGGUGACUCACCACGGCAAUAACCAGGGUUUUGUGUUGUUGGAGCCUCCGUUGGCGGUGGCUCAGCUACCUCAUCAACUACAGCCGCCUCCGGUGGCCGUCGCCGCUCCUCCUCCGAUAGCCAACGCUCAAAACUCUCACGGAUCCAACGGUAUUGACAGGUUAGCCAAGGAAGAUGGAUUAGGGACGAACAAAUCAUCAGAUCAAGUGUCCAACAAGAACAUGAAUGCAACUCUGGACACAGAUAGCAGCACACCAGCCCUGUAUAGCCAUUCAAAGGAUCACCCAACAAGAAGUAACAACAACAACAACAAGCGGAAGAAGAAGAUGGAUCAUCGAAGCAACAUGAAGAAGAUGAAGAGAAAGAGCGCAGAAGGGAAGUUUAAUGAGAUGGGAAUAGCAGAGAGCAUAAGGUGGCUUGCAGAGGUAGUGGUGAGAUCAGAGCAGGCGAGGAUGGAGAUGAUGAAGGAGAUCGAGAAGAUGAGGGUUGAAGCAGAGGCCAAGAGAGGAGAAAUGGAUCUUAAAAGAACUGAGAUCAUUGCUAAUACCCAGCUAGAGAUUGCUAGGAUCUUUGCAAGUGUCAAUAAUAAUAAAGGUGUUGAUUCCUCACUAAGAAUUGGUAGGAGUUAAUUAAUUAAUUAAUCAAUCAUGUGUAUUAGUUAGUGUAUAGAGUUGAUUAUUUAAUCAAUAUAUAUAAUGUUAUAUUGAUGAGAAAACUAUGGGGAGAUGGAGAAAUUUGACUGUGUAACUGUCUAACAGCAGGACAAGAGAGUGACAAUAACUUCUCCUAACCCAUUAUUGUAAACUUAAUUUGCAGCCUCCUCUCUCAUUAAUUAAGAGAACCAAGGGCUGCUUCUUCUUUUUAGAUUAUAAAUCGUGAUGGUCGUAAUUAUGAUAAUUUAGUGGCCAAACAUGUUAAA